AAUGGGUUCACAUGGGUGUUUGUGUGUGUGGUGUGUGUGUGUGGGUGUCUUAUACAAGCCGGCAGCAGGAGAUGGAGGAGAAGGUUGGAGGUGUUUUAAUGUGAGCGGCUGAGCAGAGGAGACGGCACUGACAUGGGUGAGUCCCAGUCCAGGUCAGUGAUGCUCCACCAUCAGGACCACCCGGUCAACUCCGCCUACGGCGGCGCCAACGACGGCUCCUCCUCGUCCUCGCUUCGCAACAGGAAGGACGGAAACUUCAACUUCCUGUCGGGCAAAGAUGAGGAGGGCUUCACCGGCGGCCGAGGAGGAGGAGGAGGAGGAGGAGGAGGAGGAGGAGAUGAGAACCGCAACCAGGUGCGUCCCCGUACCCUGGGCCCUCUGGGGCGCGACCCGCCCGGCUCCUCGCCGUCCUCCGGGUUCCACCACAACGCCGGCGUCCUGUCGCCGCGCUCCCGCCUGCCCUGCUGGAGCCCGCUGGAGCCGCUGCCCGAGAUCGAGAGCGGCGACGACGGGUACGGCCGGGUGCCGCCCGACGGGGCGGAGGAGGGCCGCAUGCAGGAGGAGGAGGAGGGCGGCAGGGGCGUGGCCUUCCAGGACGACGGGAAGCGGGCGGAGCCGCCGAGGAGGAGGAGCAGCCUGGGCUUCAGGGGGCGGCCGGAGGACGGCGAGCUGCUGGAGGACGACAACGAGUGGGGGGACAGCGACUCCGAGUCGGAGUUCAGCCUCCGCUCGGGGGGCAGCGUGUCCUCCCUCAACCUGGAGAGCGGCGGCGAGCUGGGGAUGCUGAUGUCGGGUUGGGACCGCGUCGGGGUCGGAGAGCCCAGAGUGAACCCGGGCGAGGCGCCGCGGCUCGCCAACCCCGAGGCGCUCGCCCGCCGGAGCCUCGGCAGGAAGUCCCUGAGCGGCGGCGUGCUGGGCGACGUGAUGGAGGAGGGGCCCGAGGGCCUGGAGGAGGACCGGGAGGACCGCCAGGACCGCUCCUCCGACUCGGACGGCGAGCUGAUGGACGCCGUGUGGACGCUGCGGGACCGCGAGCGCUUCAAGGCGCAGGAGAUGGAGAAGCACCAGGUGCAGCUGACCAUGUACCGCCGGCUGGCGCUCAUCCGCUGGGUGCGCACGCUGCAGGGCCGCGUCCAGGAGCAGCAGAGCCGGCUGCAGUCCAGCUUCGACGUCAUCCUCACCCACAGGAAGGAGCUGCUGCGGAUGGGCGCCGCCGCCGCCGUCGCCGCCGCCGCCCCGCCCGCUGCCGCCGCCGUCGGACAGUCCUGAGCGGAGGAACGCCAGGAGGAACUGAGAGAGGCUGGAAAAACGCCACCUUGACCCAGUUCGGUUCAGCAGAGACAAUCCUCCUACUUCCUGUCGGACAUUUUCAAACUUCACUCUCAUCUUACUGAUUGUAAA